GGAUUAUCAAAAAAUGAGUUAAAACGGUUUUGGAGCGGAUAAUUUCUCCACCCAGUACCACAACAUAUCCUCCUCAUCAGAAUCUUACUUACUCAAAAUACUUAUUAGAAGGGCAGGAAGAAAUGGUUGAACACAAGCGCAAGGUACCGCCCGUAAGCUCCUCGGAUGAGGGCAAUCAAACACAACACGAAUCCUCAUCCAGUCACACACACACGCAUGGCACAACGGUGGCGCUAGUUAAGCGUCCAAAGACUGAUGACAGUCGGCACGAGGGCAGCACAGCGCUCAUUCAGGCCGGGCCGAGGCGCACAUCCGGGUUGCAAGCGCCAAUCAUGCAGCUGUCUGGCCACUCGGGUGAAGUAACCACUUGUCGCUUUUCGCCCAGCGGUGAGCACUUGGCAUCAGGGUCGACCGAUAUGCGGGUGUUCCUGUGGAACACGUACGGAGACUGCGAAAAUUAUGGCGUCUUGCAGGGACACAAGGGCGGAAUAUUGGAGCUUCAGUGGAUGCCCGGUAGCGAGAGGCUGAUUACCGCAAGCGCAGACAAAACAGUGACCAUGUGGGAUGCGACUACGGGCGAAGUGCUGAAGCGCGGCCGGCGACACACCGCGCCGGUCAAUGCGUGCUGUCUGCUGCGUUCUGGGACCGGCGACGACAAUGUGUUUGCCAGCGCCUCAGAUGACGGAAAGCUAUUGCUGUGGGAUGCGCGCGAGCGUCAUCCGGUGGCUACAAUUGACCACCAGCUACCGCUCACGUCUGUGGCUGCUGCGCACUCAGGAAAUAUCGUUUACGCCGGCUCGCUGGACAACUGCAUCACUGCUUGGGAUGUACGCACAAUGUCGACACCCUCCUUGGUGCUGCGCGGUCACGCUGACACGGUGAUGGGCAUUUCGUUGUCGCCAAAGACGGGCAACUAUUUGGUUUCAACUUCGCUGGACAACACCGUGCGUCUUUGGGACUUGCGCCCGUACUGCCGCAUCCCCAAUCGCUGCGAGCGCGUAUUCACCGGCGCUCCCCACGGCUUUGAAAAGAACAUAAUCCGACCGGCCUUUGACCACGACGAAACCAUGGUUGCAUCGGGCAGCGCUGAUCGGACGACGACAAUAUGGAACAUGCGCUCCGGCGAGAUCAAGUUCAAGCUUCCAGGACACAAGGGCUGCGUAACCCAAGUUGACUUUCAUCCGCGGGAGCCGAUUAUCUUGUCGUCGAGCGUCGAUAAGACCAUGUUUUUGGGUGAGCUGUAGCCCGGCCUUUUCUUCACAUGCUGCAAUACAAUUCAGU